AUAAAUAUAAAUGUCCAAAGUAGACCCACAUAUUAAGCAUCACAUUAAUUUGUGCAAAAUAUUCCUUCACUAAAUAUCAUUCCCUUUGAUAUACCUCCAACAACCAUGGCAGAGACCGAUCAAGCAAGACCUUUAUCCCCAAGAAGCAACGAAGAAAAAGCUCUCGAAACAAUGGAAGGUAGAAGAAAAAUCAAGCAAUGUGUGUGUGUAACCGCAAUGUUUCUACUACUUAUAAUCAUAGUAAUUAUCAUCUUAGCUUUCACGGUUUUUAAGAUUAAAGACCCAAAAAUAACAACCAAUAAAAUCCUACUCACAAACCUUGACCUUAAUAUUAUUCAAAUUCCAACACCUCAAGUUAAACUCAACAUGUCCUUGUUAAUAGAUAUGUCAAUCAAGAAUCCUAAUAUAGCAUCUUUUAAAUUUGACAAUAGCACAACAUCGGUGUACUAUCGUGGUAUUUUGGUUGCGGAUGCACAAAUACCAUCGGGACUUGCAAAGGCACGAAAGACUUUGCAUUUGAAUGUCCCGGUGGUUAUUAUGGCUAACCGCCUCGCUUCUAGUCCGGAUUUAUUGAAGGAUGUAUUGGAAGGUAAGAUGAUUAUGAAUACUUACUCAAUACUUUCGGGAAUAGCCAAGAUUUGGUUUAUUAAGAAAGAUGUUGUGGUCGACAUGAAUUGUACUAUGACUAUUAAUAUUUCAGAUAGAGCAAUACAGGACAUAAAUUGCCAACAUAAGGUGAUACUUUAGAGAUGGAAUUUGAAUUUUUAUUUAUUUAUGUUUUUGUAACUUUUAAUUUUAAGAGAUUUAUUGCAAUAGUUAAGCAUGUAGAUUUGUGUGUGUGAGAUAAUAAUAGCAGAGUAUGUACAUUAUUUUAGCCAAA